AUGGCCUCGGUACAAGAAGUAAACCCUGCAGAGGCAAAGAACUUGUCAUUUGUUCUCCAGAAACCCUACGACGUCAAGUUUGAGGACCGCCCUAUUCCCCAACUCAGAGAUCCUUACGAUGUCAUCAUCAAUGUCAAGUACACCGGUAUCUGCGGAUCUGACGUGCACUACUGGACAGACGGUGCUAUCGGAGACUUUGUCGUCAAGGCCCCCAUGGUCCUGGGUCACGAGUCGGCCGGUAUUGUCGAGCAGGUGGGAGACAAGGUGACAACACUCAAGAAGGGCGAUCGUGUCACCAUGGAGCCCGGUGUACCCUGCCGCAGAUGCAUCCGCUGCAGAGAGGGCAAGUACAACCUCUGCAUUGACAUGGCCUUUGCAGCCACCCCUCCUUACGAUGGCACCCUCGCCAAGUACUACCGCCUGCCCGAGGACUUUUGCUACAAGGUCGCAGACCACGUUCCUCUCGAGGAAGCCGCCCUGGUCGAGCCGCUGAGUGUCGGUGUACACAUCACCAAGCAGGCCGACAUCAAGCCCGGCCAGAGCGUUGUUGUCUUCGGUGCAGGCCCUGUUGGUCUUCUCUGCAUGGCCGUCGCCAAGUCAUUCGGUGCCGCCAAGAUUGUUGCCGUAGACAUCAACGAGGAGCGUCUUGCGUUUGCUCAGAAGUACGCUGCCACUCACGUCUUCCGCUCGCAGAGAGUCAGCCCUCAGGAGAACGCCAGUCUCCUCAACGAGGAGUGUGACCUCGGCUUGGGCGCAGAUGCCAUCAUCGACGCUACGGGAGCUGAGCCCUGCAUCCAGACUGCCAUUCAUGCUGUGAGAACCGGCGGUACCUUCGUCCAGGGUGGUAUGGGCAAGCCCGACAUCAACUUCCCCAUCGUCACCAUGUGUGCGAAAGAACUGCGCUGCGUGGGAUCGUUUAGGUACGGACCUGGCGACUACCAGCUGGCCCUUGAUCUCAUCACCUCUGGCAGUAUCAGCGUGAAGGAGCUGAUCACCGGCCGUGUCAAGUUCGAGGACGCCGAGCAGGCUUUCAAGGAUGUCCACGCCGCCAAGGGUAUCAAGAUGAUCAUCGAGGGUCCCCAGUAG